AUGCCCUUCAAUACACUUCGUUCCCCAAGACAGCAACGAAAUGAUGGAGGAACGACGUCUCGAGCACCAGCGCCGUUUGCUGGCCAUGCGCACCGCCGCACCCUCGCUGCCCUCCAGCCAGGAGAAGGAGUUCAACCUGCGCCUGGUGGACCUCUACAAGGAGCAGCCGUGCCUGUGGAACACCGCGCUGCCGGAGCACAAGGACGCGGAGCUGAAGCGCAGCGCCUGGGAGAAGAUUGCCGGCCAGCUGGGCAGUCACCUGAGUGCCGAGUUCGUCCGCUGCCGGGUGCGCAGCAUGCGGUACCACCUCAACGUGUACAAGCUGCAGAUGAUCGAGUACCAGAUGACCUCCGGUGAGGGCAAGCAGCCGGAGAAGCCCUUUUACGUUGACCGCUUCGCGUUCCUGGAUUCGGAGGGUGCCUUACCCGAUACGAAGCGCGGCGCCCCUGGUGUAGAGCCUGGAAAGGAACGGGAUUCGAUCUCGGGCAAGUAUGCGAAGCUCUGGUCAGACUUCAAUCUGAAAUCCCUGGCCAAACGGGAGACCGGUACCACCAAUCCCGAGCACCGUCGCUCUGGACCAAGCAUCCUCGGGAUGGUCAAGAUGCGCAUGGAGGCUGACAGAAAGCCACUCGAGUUCGCCUUGCCGCGUCUGGGGAUCACUCAAAUGCAGCGGAGCCUCACCAGGAACCGGGCUCGGGGCCAGACCACUUCGGCCAGCUCCCUGGAGGCUCUCUCCGAGACACCCCCAGCCUUGCAGGCCCGUCCGGGUGACUCCAUAUCCAAGACUAAGCUGGCCCAGAAGGAUCGGGACACCGAGAAACCGACGACCUCCAAGAUGGCCCAAGCCUCGCUGGCCGAGGCCCAGUCGGAGGACGACGAGCUGUACAGCCUGCACUGGAGUGUGCGCAAGGAGCAGCGUUCGCUGCGUCCUGGACACGAGCAGCGCCAGAGGUUUCCCGUGGGACUGCACGCCACCCAACCCAACGAACCCACUCCAGACAUAUUUUAGCCAUUGCCCACGACUCCGUGCAAUGUCGUUAGUUAUUUUUUUGAUGGUUUCACACAGGAUGAGGAACUACUAACUUUCGGCUAGAUAAGGAACCACUAAAUUGUUGAAACAAUACUCACACAUGAUCCCGAAGUGCAGAGCCGUGUCAAUGAUGCCAUCAAUAUUCCAUUCUGUUAUUUGUGUUUACUCGCCAUCUUACUGAUACACUGAUGAGGACAACGCUCCAUCUGAAGGACAUCCUCUCAGCUCCGCCGUGUGCUGAGAGCUCCUUUCAAGUUUGAUUAAUUCCUGAGCCCGGCCAAAUGAGGUGGAUAGAUACGGGAGCCGCUCUGCGAGUCCGGCCAUGAUUUAUGGAUGGGCCGGAACGAUGAUGAAAGUCCUUGCGCCGAGUCGAACUUGAAAACUCUUGCCGCAAAUCCAAAAGCCACCGACGAAAUUAGUUUCUGGCUGCCAGAACAAAUUACGAAAUUACUCCCAGAAAUUACACGUACAGUUUGGCCCCACAACCACAUGCCCUCAACCCCGAGACCCACACCCGCCGCCCGAUUCCCGGCCAGAUGCGAUGCUCAUUAGCGUGAAAAUUUAAUUUAAUUCCUCCAAUAAAGCCCCUAAGUGUU